CAAACUUUGAGUCAGUGCUGGGGAUCGUUAAUCUUUUUUUUAGGCUUUUAAGCGACCGAUUCUCCGUCCUCUUCUUUUUUAGCUUGAACUUGUUGCUCAAAAACCGGCCUUGAGCUUCUUUGAUAACGAGACAAUGAAUACCCAGAAAGUCGGCAUUCUUGGUGGUGGUCAGCUUGGCCGUAUGAUGGUGGAAGCCGGUUCUCGGCUUAAUCUUCAAGUGGUGAUUUUGGACGCACCCACGGAUGCUCCCGCUAAGCAGAUUGAAGCUACACAACAACAUAUCGAGGGUGCAUUUAACGAUGGCGACAAGAUUCGCGAAUUGGCGAACCAAGUGGACGUGAUGACGGUGGAAAUUGAGCAUGUGAACACGGACAUGCUGGCUGCCGUGGAAAGCGAAGGAAAAGUAAAGGUGCAUCCUUCGGCUGCCACUAUCAAGAUGAUCCAAGAUAAAUAUGUGCAAAAGAACCAUUUGUCGUCGCACGGCAUUCCUGUCGCCGAGUAUAUGGACACGCCCGACAAGGCGGCGGUCUUGGAAGCCGGCAAGCGAUUCGGCUAUCCUUUCAUGCUAAAGUCCAAGACCUUGGCUUACGACGGUCGUGGAAACUAUGUUGUUAAGUCCGAAACUGAUGUCGAUGCUGCCAUGGAUGCAUUGUCAAAGACGCCCUUGUAUGCGGAAAAGUGGGCUUCGUUCGUCAAAGAAUUAGCCGUCAUGGUGGUUCGUCGUGCCAACGGUGAAGUUCGAGCUUAUCCUGUGGUCGAGACGAUUCACAAGAACAGCAUUUGCCAUUUGGUCAUUGCUCCCGCUCAAGUGGAUGGUGCUGUCUUACGUCGCGCGCAACACAUUGCAGAAAAUGCCAUCAAGACCUUUACCGGCGCCGGUAUUUUUGGUGUCGAAAUGUUUGUGAUGGAAGAUGGUGAAAUUUUAUUGAACGAAAUUGCGCCCCGCCCUCACAACUCGGGUCAUUACACUAUCGAGGCGUGUGAGACCUCUCAGUUUGAGAAUCACUUGCGUGCGGUUUUGGAUAUGCCUCUGGGAGGUACUGCUUUGAAGGUGCCUGCGGCAAUCAUGGUGAACAUUCUUGGAGCUUCGUCGAGCAUGGAAGAAUGUUACGCUCCUUGUCACGAAUCUUUGCUUGUGGACGGAGCGACUGUUCAUUUGUACGGAAAGAAGGGAUGCCGCGCUGGUCGUAAGAUGGGUCACAUCACGGUGGUGGGCGAAUCGAUGAUGCAAGUCCAGGAACGUAUCAAGCCGAUUCUCAAGGCGAUUGAACCGGAUGUGGAACGCCCAUUGACACUCCGCCCCUUGGUGGGUAUUAUCAUGGGUUCCGAUUCGGACCUUCCUGUCAUGAAGGUCGGUGCCAAGAUUCUCAAGGAUUUCGGUAUUCCUUUUGAAUUGUCGAUUGUUUCUGCUCAUCGUACCCCGAUGCGUAUGGUGGAAUACGCUCAAUCGGCUGCGGAGCGUGGUUUGAUGGCUAUCAUUGCCGGUGCGGGUGGCGCGGCUCAUCUUCCCGGCAUGGUGGCUGCUAUGACCCCCUUACCGGUGAUUGGCGUCCCUGUCAAGGGCAGCUCCUUGGACGGUGUGGAUUCUCUUCACAGCAUCGUACAGAUGCCCCGCGGUAUUCCUGUGGCCACGGUUGCUAUCAACAACAGCACCAAUGCUGCUUUGCUUGCUAUCCGUAUUCUUGGUGCCUCAAUUCCCGGUAUCUUGAAGCAAAUGGAUAGCUAUAUGAAGAAGAUGGAAAAUGAAGUGCUCACCAAAGUAGACAAACUCAACAAUGUGGGCUGGGAGAACUAUUAAACAACUUUUAAGUGUAAAAUGUACAUGUAUCAAAUAUCCAACAUAGAUCUGAAUCUAAAAAGAAGUAUAUAAAACCGACUUGCGAAAAACUAAAAAUGGCGCAGAGAGAAAAAACGCUCGUCAUCGGAUAUACUAAUGUUCGGUAGUCAGGACAAUUGGAUAAGUACAAGGUAUCUUUUUAUCUAUGCCACAAAAUGACAGAAUUUCGAUUCCAAGAAUUAGGGUAUCACAUGGUUGCAGUACGACCGUGAACAUGUCAAAAAAAUGCAUGGUACAAAAACGAUUAAAAAUUGCCUAGUGAGCAUGACAAAGUGAACCCUUGUGUGUCGGGGGAUCUGAAUCGCAUCUCUUUUUAGUGUUAUGGAUCAAAGAUUUAUCUUAGUGCAUAUGGAUGCUAGUUCGAUGUGGUUUAGGAUUUAUGUUCUAUAAAAC